AUGUCUGGCCUGCCCGAGCACAGUGCGAGCAAGGGGUCUGACGGCCCGACGCCGAUGAGCCGCCUCGGGCUACUUAACGACGGUCAAUGCUGGUUCUGUUUGCGCGAUACAGAGGGCGAGAUGGGGAGAUAUGUCAUCCUGAGCCACCGCUGGGUGCAGGACACGGAAAGGGUGAAGACCCUCCGAAGUAAUUAUCGCGAUCGCUUACGCACGGAUAAGAACAAUUUCCCAACCAUGUACCCUCACGAAGUCACGAAGGUGUUCCAGGAGGCGGCGCAGCUAGCCUCGCGGCUGGGCAUCCAAUAUAUCUGGAUCGACUCCUUGUGCAUAAUACAGGACGAUGAUGACGACUGGAAACGGGAGGCUACCAAUAUGGCCAGGUACUACCAAGACGCAUGGCUCACGAUUGCAGCGCACUCAUCGGAGGGCUUAUAUUUUCCUGCUGUCCCGGAAGUGUUGCCCUCCACAAUACAUCUUCCGUACACCGAUGAUGCUGGACAACACGCCGCUGGCCUUUCGAUACAGCCCAUGGAUGGUUCGCACCUUCGCGACAUCUACAGGAAAGCCAUUACCGAAAGUGAGCUCCUCUCACGCGGCUGGGUGGUUCAGGAGUGGCUGCUCAGCUCCAGGAUUGUCGCCUUCUCUGAGACCGGCGGCGUGUUCCUUGUCUGCUCUGAAGAUCCCCCGCGGUCCGCCCUCUCCACCGUUGCAGUAGAGAAGGAUUGGCACUGGGCUGCCGACAUGUCCUAUAAGAGUGCGCUCGACCUCAGCCUCGCCAUACUCUCCGACAUCCGCAAAAGCUGGAUUCGUGUGGUGGAGUCGUACUCUGGCAUGAACCUGACCAAUGUGGCAAGCGACCGCCUUAUCGCCCUGGCGGGUGUCGCAUCCGCGUUUGGGUCUGCGUUUAGAUCGGCAUUGGACUCAACUGGACCCAUGGAAUACUACUGCGGACUGUGGUGGGACAACUUGGCACGAGGCCUAUGUUGGGAGCCUGUAGACCAGAGCAACCGAGUUUUUGGACGAGUACUUGGAUUCCCAUCCUGGACAUGGGCAUCGCUUGGCCGGAUGGAGGCGGACGGGAAGGGGACUGGUACCGGCAGGAUUGAGCCAGCGGCGGUGAGAUGGCACACCCAAUGGCCUCGGAACGCGCAGGAAUGCUUCGAGAUGCGAUGGGUGCUCCGUGUCAGCGACGCUGUCGACGAGACCACUGGCCAACUUCGACUUGAGAAUCCGGUACCCAUCAGUGCGCUGUGGACGAGUGAACCUUCCGCGACAUGGAAUGAUUUCGGCAUUAUCAAUCGCUUCAUAGCACUCGGUAUCAAGGGCCAGCUGUUCAACGGCUUCCUCACCGCAAAUUAUCUGAUCGGUGCCGACACAGACGACCUGGCUACAUCAAAGCGGCCGUCCAACGCCAACCUUUAUGUGGAUGAGAAAUGGCACCGAGUAACAAAGCCCGGCUACGAUAAUGAUGCAGCCAUUGGAUGGGCGUCUUUUGAUGAUCCCAGCCUGCGGGUGGAAAAUACUGAUUCAGGCCCUUGCGUCGCUGACAGGAGACGGAGGCCUAUUUACGGGAUUCCGUUGAGUCGCGCGAAUGGGAUCCCAGUUUGGAAGAAUGGAUCCAUCGUAAAGGAAGAUAUAAAUGCAGUGCUGUUCGUGAUCGAGUUGGAGGUUCGCAUUGACGAUGAGCACCCCCGGUGUUUUGAACGGGUGGGUGUGGGUCGGAUAAUAGGUGGAAGCGCCGUAGUUGCUGGCGGAGCUUUCGCGGCCCUCUUCCGACGCGAAGAUGAUCGUUUUUGGUUAGUCUAG